CAUCCAUCCUGUCAGCGAAAAGAGAGAGUGAAGAUGUGGAGGUUAACGUGUGUGACUUUGGUCCUGAUCUUAUGUGUCAAAGAUUCACUUUCACAGCCAAAUGUUUGCGGACAUGCCCGUUUAAACCCCCGUAUUGUGGGUGGUGCAAAUGCUGCUGCAGGGUCGUGGCCAUGGAUGGUCAGUCUGCACAACACAACUGGUCAGAAACAUUUUUGCGGUGGUUCUCUCAUCAACAAGGAAUGGGUGCUGACAGCUGCUCACUGUGUCGAUGGUAAAAGCGUGGCCACACUGCUUUUGUACUUGGGAAAGAGCACACAACAGGGAAAUAAUCCCAAUGAAAUCACCAGAACUGUCAACAACAUCAUUGCCCAUCCCACCUACAAUCGUAACGGCUAUGAUAAUGACAUCGCUCUACUGCAUCUGUCCUCUCCAGUCACAUUUAAUGACUACAUUCAACCUGUUUGUCUAGCAGCCCAGAACAGCAACUUUCCUUCUGGCACCAAAGGAUGGGUCACAGGCUGGGGACAAAUCGGAGUUGGAAUCUUUUUACCUCCACCUGGGAUUCUGCAAGAGGUUGAGGUUGAAGUGUACGAUAAUAAUCGCUGCAAUAAUCGCUGUCGUGGAGCUAUCACCAACAACAUGAUCUGUGCUGGUACACAACAAGGAGGCAGAGGGCCCUGGCGGGGGGACUCUGGUGGUCCAUUGGUGCAUAAGAAGAGUUCACAGUGGGUUCAGUCUGGUGUCGUCAACUGGUCUGAAGGGUGUGCUCAGCCCGACAUACCUGCUGUGUACGCCCGCGUGUCAGUGUAUCAGCAAUGGAUCACAGGCCAUACUGGCCAAAACCCGCCUGGAUUUGUUGCUUUCAUCUACAGGUUGAGAAAAGGCACGAUAACAAUGUGGAGGUUUACAUGUAUGGCCCUGCUCCUAUGCGUCAAAGAUUGUCUUUCUCAUUUGCAUGUUUGUGGCCGUUCCCCUUUAUACCCACGUGUUGUGGGCGGUGCGAAUGCACAUGAGGGGGCGUGGCCAUGGAUGAUCAGUCUUCACAGCCCCAAAUAUAAGGGUCAUUUUUGUGGAGGUUCCCUCAUCAGCAGUGAAUGGGUGUUAUCUGCAGCUCACUGUUUCUCUAGUGUCGACAUAUCCAGCAUCCUUGUGUACAUGGGAAGGAGAACACAGCAGGGCGAUCACUGGCAUGAAAUCAGUAGAAGCAUCAGUACGCUCAUUAUUCACCCGUCCUACAACAGCGACACCUACAACAAUGAUAUUGCUCUCCUGCAUCUGUCUUCUGCAGUUAACUUUACCAACUAUAUUAGACCUGUGUGUUUAGCAGCAGAAAACAGCGACUUCCCUUCCGGCACCAGCAGCUGGAUCACAGGCUGGGGACAAACUGCAUUUGGAGUGACUUUGUCUUACCCAGGGACCCUGCAGGAGACUGUAGUUCCAGUGAUAAAUAAUUCUGAAUGUAAUAACCUGCUGGGUGCCAACCUCAUUACAGAAAACAUGAUGUGUGCUGGUUUACUGCAGGGAGGAAAAGACACCUGUCAGGGGGACUCUGGUGGUCCAAUGGUGAGUCAGCAUUGUUCAGUGUGGGUUCAGUCUGGUAUCAUCAGUAGAGGUCAUGACUGUGGUCAGCCUAGUGAACCUGGUGUGUACACCCGUGUGUCUCGGUAUCAGCAAUGGAUCACCACCUCCAUUGGUCAAAACCUCCCAGGGUUUGUCACCUUCAACCCCCUGAUCUCAUGCUCUUCUGCCAGCCAAGGUAAAACCAAUAUAGCCUUAAACAUGUAUACACAUCAACCUACAGGAUAUUACAGAUACAUCACAUUUGUUUUGUUACAUGCAUUUGCACUUUGUUAUCUCUGCAGGUUGAGGUAUAGCUGUAUAAACUAGUCGCUUACCCAUAUUUCCAUGAACUGCAAUGCCAGUAACCAGUUCCACAGUAAAGACCUGCCGCAGAACUUCAACUCAUGGAUAUGAUUAUCACAAACUGCACAAGUUCAACAUUUGUUGAACAAGCACAGUUUUCUACAAGACUGACCAUAGUAAUUCAAAGGUUUAACUAAUAAGAAUAAUUGUGAACAAAAAUCAGCAUUUUGUUAACAGUUUUCUCUCAU